ACCAUUUGAGCUAAUUUUAAAAGCAGAAAAGCAAUGGCCAUGUCUUCAUCCACUGCCACUCUAGCCCAGGGCUGCUUUGGGAAAGUCUACAAAGAGAAGUACAAUGGUCAGUGGGCUGCUAUCAAGAAGAUCCCCUGUGAAUAUGUUCAAAUAAAGGACUUAGGGAGAGAAUAUAAAGUAUACCAAGAAGCCAUCCAUCCAAACAUCGUGAAGGUCCUGGGACCCAUUACAAUUAAAGACAAUAAAUAUAUCAUUCCACUUGAAUUCAUUUUUGGAGAGGACUUGGAGACCACCAUUUUCAAGCGGAACAAAUCCAAAAUAAUUCCGGCUCCAUCUGUGAAAAGCACCAUCAUCGUGGGCAUGUGUGAAGGCCUGCUCCAUCUGCACUCCAAAGACAUUGUCCACCAAGACCUAAAGCCGGACAACAUCAUGGUGGAACACAGCACAAAAAGAGCCGUCAUUAUCGACCUGGGACUGGCCAAGUUCUUCAAAAACGGCCUUAACUCGGCUAUGGACCUGGGCAACGUGGCAUACUCUGCUCCUGAGGUCCUACAGAGGGUCAGUCAGAGGGACCAGCGCUCUGAUGUGUGGGCGAUGGGGAAAAUCAUUGCCGAAUUGCACAUCAUGACUCGACUUCACACUCUGAAAGUGGGUCCUGAGACUGUCAGGGAGAAGAUGAAGGAUAGCUCAUACUGUAGUGCUGUUUGCAAGAUGGUGGAUCCAAACCCAGUUAGAAGAGCAUCCAUGGCUGGAGUUAUCAGUGAAAUUAGGGAAGUGGGCAAAAGAGGUGGAUUGUGGGUCAAGUGUUUUGCUCAGGGAUACAAAAGCAUAGUCACCACUGUCCUGCCCAUGGCGCACUCUACUGCCACUCUUGCCAAGGGCUGCUUCGGCAAAAUCUACAGAGAGAAGUACAACGAUCAGUGGGCUGCCAUCAAGAAGGUCCCCAUUAGUUUCAUCAAACAGAAGGACCUGGACAGAGAGUGUGAAGUGUACAAAAAAGCUGAGCACCCCAACAUAGUAAAACUCUUGGGCCCUGUGACACGUAAAUAUGGUAAAUAUGUCAUCCCAAUGGAGUUUAUCGAGGGAGAGGACUUAGAAACCACAAUUUUCAAAGCAGCAAAAUCCAAAAUAUCGCUAUCUCCAGCUACAAAAAGCACCAUCAUCGUGGGCAUGUGUGAGGGUCUGCUCCAUCUGCACCUCCGAGACAUUGUCCACCAAGACCUGAAGCCUGACAACAUCAUGGUGGAACACGGCACAAACAGAGCCGUCAUCAUCGACCUGGGACUUGCCAAGUUCUUCAAAAAUGGCCUCAGCUCAGCUAUAGACAUGGGCAAUGAGGCCUACUCUGGUCCUGAGGUCCUAAUGAGGGGCAGCCAAAGAGACCAGCGCUCCGAUGUGUGGGCCAUGGGAAAAAUCAUCGCCGAGCUGUGCGCCCGUGUCCGACUGGUCACCCCCAGCGUUAACCCAGAAAAGAUCAAGGACACUCUGAAGGACAGCCCAUACUGCAAUGCUGUUUGUCGCAUGGUGCAGCCCGAACCUACACUGAGGGCUACCAUGGCCGGAGUCAUCUGUGCAAUCCGAGUAGCGGGAGCAGAAAAACCCAAAACAGAUGGGACAGCACACCAUCUCGCACCACUCAACAAUGACCGAAGUCGCUCCCCAUCACCGUUAAACAGAUUUGCUCCCCCUGCACCCAACGCUCCAGCACAGGCUAAGGAGCCAAAAAAUCUACCUCCUUUGGUUAACAAGUGGGACCGCAUCCUUAACCCUGAAGUCAAAGAGCUUCACCCUCCACCACAACAACACCGUGUCACCCCUUUUCCUCCAAAGAAUCAGGAGAAAAACUUGUCACUGGUGCCCAAAGGUGGCACUGCUCUCACACAUGACUUUAUGACGAUGAAGCUAUACGAAGAGGCAAAGAAGGAUUUCCCAGGUGUCUUACCUACGUCAGGCCGGAUCGUGGUGCGGAAGUUUGAGGAGAGAGACGGGGAGGUGGGGAAUUGGGAGCACAAGGAGAUGGUGAUGCACAAUGGACGUAUAGUCAAGUAUAACGAUGUGAAGAUGACUACUAAGCGGUGAUGGGAAGAAUACUGUGAAAAUGUAUUUAAUUAUUGAAUACUGAAUAUCUGCAUUAAAAUGCAUUCUGAUACAUUGGUCCAAUCAGAAAACUGUAAGUCUGAAUACAUAGAACUUACUUUUACAUCAAGUUGCAUUCAAAUUAUACCAACAGAGGACGCGCAUAGUUUUGUUUGUUUCACUGUCUCCAGAGUUUUCUUUUUUUCUAAUUAUGCCUAAAUUGUAUGAUCAAGUUGCGCUACGUAUUCCUUUGGUUUCAGAAAAGUAACUAUAUUCUGAAUACCACUGCGACAGCCGUGCCCCUGUCACAGUAAUUUUAAAUAACUCUGAUGCAAAUAUAUAUAUGUAGUAUGGACAUUUUUAUUGUAUUUAUAAACUGUAAAAAAAAAAAAAAAAAAAAGGAGAAACACUGUGUGCCAAUGCUGUGGGGAGGGGGCAUGUUGGCAGGUUAUUUAAGGUGUAGAGCAACCAAGUUUUGUUCCAUCGGUUACGCUGUAAAACACAUGCAGCAGGUAAUUAAUCAGCAAGUCUUGGGUGACAAAAUGGACACAUUUGGAGACAUACAAAUUGUAAAACUUCAGAAUACAUCUGAUUGUGUGACUGUUAAUUAUGUGAGACUGUAACUGUACCCCCACUGUUUGUUUAUUGUUUGAAUGUUGUUGCAUUUGUCUCUUUUUAUGUUUGUAAAGUAAAACUCUUGAAAAAUAAAAUAAAAUAAAGAAAAAAACCUAACUGUAAAACUU